AUGUCAAUAUUAACAAAUAAUACUAAUAGUAAAAUUUAUGAGAAAAACGAAAAUAAAAAUGAAGACGAUAAUGAAGAUGAAGAUGAUGAUGAAGACGAUGAUGAUGAAACAAAAGAACUUGUUUCGAUUAGAAUAGAAGAUAAUCAAGAAUCACAACAGCAACAAACAUCCGUUACAACAUUACGCUCUAUAUUACGCAAACGAACCGAAAAAAAGUUGUCAAUAGAUGAUUAUAGUAAUGUUCAGCAAACUUCAAUCAUAGCAGACCAGAACGUCAAUAACGAUGACGAGAGAGAUUCUGAUUACACAGGAGACGAGAGCGAAGAAGAGAGUAAUGGUAGCUCUAAAAGUAUAGAAGAGGAAAGUAAAAACAAUGAACAAAAGCAACAACACUAUCAACAUUGUAGCAAUUAUACUCGUCAUCAGCAAAAGGAUCAAUUUUUUCGAACAUCACCAUCGACAUCCCUCGACUUUCCAUUAGAAAUAACAAGAACAGAAACCGGAAUAACAAAAAUAGAAACAGUAACAUCAACAGCAAAAACAUUUAAUGGAAACGAUCAGUCUCCUAGUCGUACGACGUGCGUGACAUUUACUAAGGACCAACCGAUCAUUAUACGUCGAAGUUCAUCUACAUCCCAAAUCAUUGGACUUGAAGUUCAACCACGUUCAUCAGUUACUUAUAUAAAUAUGAAAGACGAUUUAUCAAUAACAAUGCCAAUAACAACAACAACUGGUUCAUCAUCUACACUAGGUGCUGAAUUUCGUCCUGUCUAUGUUUCACCAUUAAAAUAUCGACCAUUAGUUGGUUUAUCAGCAAAUGAUAGUCGUUUUCUACUUGAAAAACGUGUUUCAUUACUUGGAAAACCUCUUGUUUUUCAUCCAAUACAUAAACGUUCACCCUCAUAUCGACGUAGACAAUUACAAAUACACAAUUUUUUAGAACGACCGCAUGGUUGUAAAGCCAUAGUUUAUCAUUCAUUUGUGUUUCUUUCCGUUUUUCUAUGUUUAUUUCUUUCUGUGGUUGUUACAAUGCCCAAUUAUGAAUCGAUAGCAUCAACUGUGUUAUUACAAUCUGAAAUUUUAGUCGUUAUAUGGCUUGGAAUAGAAUUAUCAUUACGUGUAUGGAGUGCAGGUUGCCGUUCACGUUAUCAAACAUUGAUGGGUCGUUUACGUUUUAUGAAAAAACCUUUUUGUGCUCUUGAUUUUACUGUGAUUGUGGCUACUGUUCUAACACUUUUUCUUAAUAGUCGAACUGGGAAUGGAGUUUUUGCUGCUUCAGCUUUACGUGGUUUACGUUUUUUUCAAAUUUUACGAAUGUUAAGAAUGGAUCGUCGUGGUGGCACAUGGAAAUUAUUAGGUUCUGUUGUUUAUGCUCAUAGACAAGAACUUAUAACAACAAUUUAUAUUGGCUUUUUAGUACUUAUUUUUUCUUCAUUUAUUAUGUUUCUUGUUGAAAAAGAUAGUUAUGUUGAACCAAGUAAAAUAAUUAUUACCAAUGAAACAACUAUAAUAACAGCAGAUAUGCUUGCAAAUUUAAUUGAUACAGAUCGGCAUAAAUUUGAAACAUUUGCUGAUGCACUAUGGUGGGGAAUUAUCACAUUAUGCACAGUUGGAUAUGGUGAUAAAGUACCAUCAUCAUAUGCGGGUAAAUUUGUUGCUGCUAUAUGUUCUUUUAUUGGUAUUAGUUUUUUUGCAUUACCUGCGGGUAUACUUGGCUCAGGUUUUGCAUUAAAAGUUCAACAACAACAACGUCAAAAACAUUAUAAACGACGAAAGAUUCCAGCAGUUUUAUUAAUUCAAAAUUUAUGGCGUGUUUAUGCAGCGGAUGAAAAAUCUUUAUCGAAAGCUACUUGGAAAGUUCAUGUACGUCCACCACGACGUCACGAACCUAAAUCUUCUUCAUCAACACAGUCAAAUACGCAUCCACCUUCAUCAAAAAUGCGUAAUAAUCCAUCAUUUUUAAAUCGAGUUAGUUUUCGUCGACGUCCAACAACAACAACACGAGAAACAUCAUUAACAGUACAAAAUAAUCUAAGACUUAGUAAUAGUCUUAAUAUUAAACCUGCACCUAAUUCAACCGUAGCUGCAAUGCGUUCUUGUAUGGAUACAUUAUCUGAAACAGCUAAUAUGACACCACCUCCAACUAUAACGGGACCACAUGAAGGAUCAUCAUCUGAUAAUGAAGAAGAUCGUUUAUAUUAUGCAAAUGAUGUUCAAUCUUUAACAACAGCACAUCGACAUGCAAUAAGAUUUAUACGAAAGAUAAAAUUUUUUGUAUCAAGACGAAAAUUUCGUGAAGCUUUACGUCCAUAUGAUGUUACUGAUGUUAUUGAACAGUAUUCAACAGGCAAUGUUGAUAUGUUAGCCAGAAUGAAAUAUCUUCAACUUAGAUUAGAUAAAGUAUUAGGUAUAUCAAAAUCAGUUGAUAGUUAUGAAUCAGGUCCAAGUUUAGCAUCAAGAAUAUGCAAAAUUGAAACACAAGUUGAUAGUUUGAAUUUAAAAGUGGAUCAACUUUGUCAAUUGGCUACUACUGUAUUGGAACGUGGUGUUCAACAACAAGUAUCAACUCCAGGACCGAUUUUAGAGCCAAUAAUACCUAUUAUCAGAAAUCGAAUACGAACUGGUAAUCGUUAUCGUAUUUAUCGAUGUCGACAACGACGAACUCAUCCUCAAACUAGUACACCAAUAUCAAUACCAUCUGAACCAUCACCACCAUCAGUGGUAACACCUACGACACGUACUUUAUCUGAAACAAAUGUAUUAGAAUCAUCAGUACCUCAAUCAUCGACACCAAGAAAUUAUUCACGUGAAAGUCUUAUGAGUUUAUAUUGGCUCUUUCAAGAUAAUAUAAAUCCAUCAAGCGAUCCAAAUGUCUAA